AUGAUGGCAGAUACUCACCGCGUCGCGAUCAUUCAAUGGCAUAUCAAGGCCCUUGAGAUCGAGUAUAACCACGCUACAGCAUGCGAUUAUAUUCGCAAAGCUGCUGCACAAGGUGCUGAGCUCGCUGUGUUGCCUGAAUACCAUCUGAGUGCUUGGGCCCCGGAAGAUCCACGAUGGGCUCAGCAGGCGGGCGAAUCCGCCAAAUACCUGGCCAACUACCAAGCGCUAGCCAAAGAGCUGAACAUAUGUAUUGUACCAGGUACUAUCAUUGAGAAGGAGGCCGAUCGGUUGUAUAACACGGCAUAUUUCAUCUCGAACACUGGCGAUGUGCUCGGGAACUACCGCAAGAAGAAUAUCUGGCACCCGGAACGUCCCACCUUGACGUCUUCCGCACACGAGAGACAUGUCGCCUUUGACACGCCUAUCGGUCGCGUUGGUAUGCUGAUCUGCUGGGAUUUGGCCUUCCCAGAAGCCUUCCGUGAAUUGAUCGCCGCCGGGGCAGAGAUUGUGAUUAUUCCCACAUUCUGGACACCUCACGAUGCCUCUCCCGAGGUAAGGAGUUACAAUCCAAAUGCUGAACGACUGUUCUUGGAGUCAACCCUCACGGCACGCACCUUUGAAAACACCUGUGCGAUCAUAUUUGCCAAUGCAGCCGGGCCUUCGGAGGACUUUUUGGGUCUAUCGCAGGUCACACUCCCCCUGGUGGGCCCGGUGGCCAAGAUGGGAUGUGAAGAAGGAAUGCAGGUGGUCGACAUGGACAUGAGCGUGCUACAGGUUGCGGAGAGGAACUACAAGGUGCGCCAGGAUCUCCAAAAAGAGGACUGGCACUAUGUAUAUCGGCACACUACUGCUCGAAAGGGCAUUCUUCAAGUGGACUCGGCAAAUCUGGUGGGAGUGGGCAGAACUUCCAUUGAGGAAUGCAAUGUGAAGUCCAUGAUCAAGACUGUGGACUCGGAUACCAUCUAUGCAAGUGGUGAAAAGGAGGGUAUAUAUGCGUGGGGCACUCAUAUCAUGGCGCAAGAAACCAGCCAAAAGGAAGUGAAAUCGCUGGGAAAUGACCGAGUUGAACUUGUCCCAUUCGAGCCUCAUGUCCAUUUGAAACCCUUCAUGGAACUUAUCACGAGGCACGCCGAUAUUCUUGCAUAUGUCAAUUUCCCCGACGUCAAGACCGAUGAAGAGUUCAUGCGUGACUUCUACGAUAAAAACAUCGCAUCUGGCGGAACAAUUCUAUUUGCCAUUCUGGAUAAACCUCCUUUCUUGAGGGAAGGAGAGACAGGCGAAUCGAACUUUGCCGGCGUUGCGUCAGUACCUCGCGUCGAAGCUGGAAGCUUUGCCUCAGAGAUAGGCAUUAUGAUAUCUCCGAGGUUCCAUCGCACUCAUGUUGCUUCCAACGCCAUCGGACUUUUAUUACUCGAUGCACUAGAUCCUCCAUCUGCAGGAGGGAAGGGCCUACGCCGGGUAGAGUGGCUGUGUCAUGCGGAUAACACUGCAUCACGGAGGACCGCUGCACGAAUGGGAUUCGAGUUUGAAGGAAUUUUGAGAUGGAAAACAGCCCUGCCCCGUAGCCGGGUCGGGGUUCCUGUUGAUGCGCUUGAGAAGAGAAAUGGCACCAAUAACGAGUUUCUGGGGAGGCAUACGGCUAUCUUUUCUAUCGUUUGGGAGGAGUGGGAUCAGAAAAGGCCAGCAGUGAUUGCCCAGAUGCAGCGCAGGCAAUAA